GCAAUGCAAAUUGCAAUUGCCAAGUGCUAACAAGACGUAACAAGUAACGAUAUAAAUUAUUAUUGUUUUUUCUGUUAUUUUGACCGUUUUUAAAUAUUCUGAACAUUCGUCAGCUCGACUCAGAUUUUGUACAGUCGUAUUUCGUAUAGAUAACCGUAUAGUUAAGUUACUACUGAUUUGUGGAUUGUGGUGAAAUCAUGUUUUCCUGCAAAGAUGUCGAGAAGUCAAAAUUAUUUAAAUCCGUAUCUUUGAUCAAUACUGUAUCAUGUGUUAGGUUUAUCGAUCGAUUUCUAUUAGCGGGUAUUGGCAAUAUUUUGCUGGUCUACGACACGGAGUCUAGAGACCUUUGUCUGCGUAGAAAGAUCUUUGAUAAAGCUUCGAUACAUGGCAUUCAGUUUAAUGACAAACAAAUGUUGGUUGCUGUACAUGGAGAAAGAUAUGUGGCCAUUUAUAAACUGACGUCACAAAUGGAUUUUCUUAUUGAAUUUGAUUGUAUUCUAAUAACCACGGAUUGGGUAUGUAACAUUCUAUGGAUGAAUUCAAAUUGUUUAUUAACAGUAUCUGCACAUAAUGUGGCAACAGUUUGGAGCUUGGAUCUUAAAAAAAAAAUUAGUUCCUCAAGUUGUGAUGAAAGAUGUAUAUUAUACUCAGCAACAUCAAUUGGCGAAGAUGAAGAAACUAUUAUUGUAUUUUCAGGAACAGUUUUCAGGGAAAUUGUGAUUUGGAGUCCUUUUAGGAGAUCAAAUGGCUUAAAUAUCUUACAUAGAUUACAAAUGCAUGAAGGUGUUAUAUUUUCAAUCACGGUGAACAAAUCCAAUUCUAUUAUAAGUUCUACAUCUGAUGAUCGAAGUAUAGUUAUCUGGAAUGUUGAGCCAUUUGCUGAGCACCAAAAUACUUAUGAUCACUGGAAGUUUGCAAAGAUUACACCAGCUUAUUCAUUUUAUGCACACAAAGCUAGAGUGUGGAAAAGUAUUUUAAUGCAAUCUGGCAACAUAUUGAGCGCUGGAGAAGACGGUCAAAUAUGUUUGAAAACUUCUUCAAAAACUUACCAAUGGGAAGAAAGUAGAGGUUCUCAAGUUCGUAGUUUAGACUGUAUGGAAAUAAGAAAUCUUGCAGCUAGUGGAUGUACGACUGGGAGUGUUGGAUUAUGGUCACUAGACACUGUUCCUAAGAGUGAAAUUUUAGCAGACUAUAAAAAAGAUAACCGCUAUCCAAAACAUUUAGUUGUGUUGAGUAACACUGGUACAUACGUACUUUAUUCUGAUGGCCUUGUUGUCUUGUACAAAAACAAUACCAGUCACAAUAUCUAUCAGAAUGAUGUCUUGGGCUGCACUCUGACAAUGGUGAAAUCCCCCUGUGAAACAAAAGUAUCUUUUACGACUAGCAGUGGACAUAUAAUUAUUCUAAAAAGCACCAGUAUUCAAGUAUUUUUUGAUAAAAUUUCUCCAGAAAAAAUUGUUUCUACUAUUUGGUUGAAUAAUAAUCAAAUAAUCGUAUGUUUUAAAGGAAAUACAAUUUUUUAUUAUGAAGUAUUUGAAGAUCUGAAAUUAAAUCAUUUGGAUACGUUUUGCAUUUGUUCAAAAACUAGUUCUUGGAUAACAGCUGCCGUAUUAAUUGAAGACCUAAUCUUUGCUGGUUGUAAUGAAGGAUCUAUUUACUUAUUCAAAUUAAAUCAUCGAGAACCAUUACAAGUAUUCAGUAAAAUUCACAGUUUUGCUGGUGUUACUGCAAUGUGGACACAUGAGAAGUAUUCUAAUUUUACGGUCGUUAGUUCCGUAGGACGAGAUGGUCAUCAUAGAUAUUGGAAUGUCAGUAUUCUGUUAGAAUCAGUGUUUGAAAUACGUUGUGAUAUAUUACCUACAAAAUGGCCAUUUGUCAUAACUAACUCGAAAGUUCAUGGAUUAUUGAUUUGCGGUUUUAAAGAAAGCAAUUUAAUUGUGUACAGUCCAAUAGAACAAAGAAUUUUGGCGACUGUUCCUUGUGGAGGUGGUCAUAGAGCAUGGGAUUUGACAUUUAUCAAUGAUUGUGAUUCAAUAUAUUUUGUUUGCAGCUCAUCAAGUAAUAAAUUAGAAUCAAAUGAAAUACCCCUACAUGGUCAUCAUAGACUAUUGAAAGGUUUUCAUUCGAUGAUUGUAAAUUGCAUGGCACAAGUAACUGAUGAGUUAAUGAUAACCGGCAGUGAUGACACUACUAUUAGAUUGACUCGUUUUAAUGAUGCGGUUGAUAAUUUGUUAACAUUACGAAGUCAUAUAUCAUCAGUUCGUUCUGUAUCUUGUCUUACUUUAAAGCCUAAUGUAUACAUUAUCGUAACAGCUGGCGGUAGAGCUCAGUUGAAAAUUUGGACUUUGAAUAUAACAGAUAAUAAUGUGUAUUGUGAAGAAUCAAUAUCACAUUUAUUGAAAACUAAACAAGAAAAAAAACCUUGGAGGACAGUUGUACCUUCAAAUGAAGGUGAGACACGCUUUAUGGAUGUUUGUGUUCAGUACACUAAGACAAAUUCAAUUUUAAUUUCUGUUGGAUGUUCUGACGCAGUUCUUAGGUUAUAUAAUUAUGAUACAAACAAUAAAACUUUGAGUUUAAUUGAAGACAAUUUGGACUGCAAUAACUGUAUACUAAAGAUUUUACUUGUUCAAUUAAAUAGUUUUCAUUAUGUUUUAACUACUGAUACAAAAGGAUUUGUUAAUUUUUGGGACAUUUCAAAAUAUGUUGAUAAUAGUGAUGUAGAUCUAAGUUUUACACCUAAGUAUAGACAUUGCUUACACCAAUCUGGUAUAAACUGCUGUGAUUGGUUGGAAAUUGAAAAUAAUUAUGGUUUACUAACUACGGGUGGUGAUGACCAGCGUUUAAGUUUAUCAAUUUUUAACUAUGAGGAUACGGUAUCAUUAAUAUGUAAUGAAUACAUUUGUAUCCAUUGCUCUCAAGUUACAGGUAUAAAAGUAUAUAAUCAAUUUGUUGUAACUGCAUCUGUGGAUCAGAAAAUUAUUUUUUCCUCAUGGAGUUUUGAUUUGAAUUCUAAAACUGUACAAAUAUUACCAUUUGCAUCAUACUUUACAACAGUUGCAGACAUUCACGGUUUAAUAGCUCAUAAGCAAGGAGACGAAGUUAGAGUGAUCGUGUACGGCCAAGGAGUGGAAACGUUUUGCGCAGAUAUGAGUUCACUAACGCAGCCGCAGCCGCCGCCGUCGUCGUCGUCGUCGUCUAUGCAGACGCCUCAGCAGUACAACGUAGAACGAGUGACGCCGGCUUUGGAACUCGGAGAAGGCCCUCACUGGCAUUCGCCGACCCGCAGCUUGUAUUUCGUAGAUCUCCACCAGGGCAAGAUCAACAGAUACCAUCCAGAAUCAAACAGCUUCUUCAGCGCCAAGAUAGAGGGCUACAACGAUGUAACGCUCAUCCUGCCGAUCGAGGACAAGGCUGAUAUGUUCGUGGUCGGUCUGGGCGCUUCGCUCGGCAUAGUGCAGUGGGACGGGCGUUCGAAUACAACUAGUCAGCCUAAGUACGAGAAACUGAUCGACGAGACACCGGGAAAUCGUCUGAACGAUGGAAAAGCGGACGCCACUGGUCGACUGUGGGUCGGAUCCAUGGGUUCGGAGAUGGAGGACAACCCGGGCCACUAUUACAAGCGCCGCGGUUCCCUGUUCUCGGUGGAACUCGAUGGCACCAUCAACAAGCGCUUAUCCAACGUGAGUAUCUCCAACGGUAUGGCGUGGAGUUCGGAUAACAAAGAGUUCUACUAUGUGGACACUUACAAGUUCGCGGUCGAGGCGUACGAUUUCGACAUCAGCACCGGAGACCUAUCCAACGGAAAAGUGAUUUUUGACUUGACAGCCAAUAAAGUCGCCGGCGAUCCGGACGGCAUGACCAUCGACAAAAACGGCAACCUCUGGGUGGCGUGUUUCAACAGCAAUCACAUCUUGAAAAUCGAUCCCGUCACCGGCACGCUGUUGACAACCGUCCAAUUGCCCGCCUAUCAGGUCACCUCGGCCGCGUUCGGCGGACCGAAAUUGGACGAGCUGUACGUGACGACGGCCGGUUACCAGUUAACCGAAGCGCAAAGGGUCAAACGUCCGUAUUCGGGUGCCGUGUUCCGAGUGACUAACACGGGAUCCACCGGCUUCGAAGGCGUGUCCGCCAAAGUACACGUGUGUCCGGAAAAUCAACUGCACACGAUAUGAGAUAAAAUAAUAAAUUAUAAUUUAAUUAUUUAAUUUAUCAUACUUACCGUUGUGUUAAGUAGGUAUUCAGUAUAAUUGUGUAAAUAUUAUCGUUUGAUUGUGUAUAGAUAUCAUGUAUAUGUAUAUUUUUAAUUAAGGACAUUUUUAUAUUAUUAUUAAACCAAAUGCAGCUGCAAGUAUUACAUGCAGAUUUUAAGAAA